ACCCACCUUCAACAUCAUCCGCCAUCAGCCCUACGCCAGGCCACCCCAAUGCUUUUCCAAUCCUAGCACGAGCAAAACCACACAAUGUUCUCCAUUCCGUCGCUCCGGCUGCCGUCCUUCGGUUUCGGCGCCGCAGUCCCGAAGGCCGACAUUCCAUCCGUCACCAUCCACGAUGUCGAGACGGCGGCGGAGAAGCGUCCGCGCACACUGAAGCACCUGAUCCGCGCGAACCAUGCGAACCACUCGAUCAUCUACCAUGAGCUGCGCUUCCACAACCACACGCCUCACAUUCUAGGCUCUGCGUACAUAUUUGGGGCCACAGCUGAGCACCUGAACGACAUCUAUGACAAGGAGGCCGAGGAGUUGGAGCCAUGGACGGAUUCGCCGAGCGAGAUUGCGAAGCAUGAUUGGCGAGACUUUCUGGGGAAAAGAGAGUAUCAGAGAGCUUUCAUUGAUUUUUUCGAGGACCAGCUUGUCCAGUACAGCUAUGACUGGAAGGCUGAGUUGAAGGACUUCCUUUUCGAGGGAGAGAAUCCGCUCAUAAACAACCUCAUCUCUGGGCUCGGCCAUCCUCUCAUUCAUUUAGGCUACGCUUACGAGUUGCGAUCUCGCACCCUCGCCAUCGAGGCUCUCGCGCUCACAAGCUGCUUCUAUGAUUUCCAGCAUCUUUACCUUGACGAUCCGGAGUACAGCCGUCCGUCUGACUUCCAGACUCGUUCUCUUACCGAGAUCCUACAACGGGUCCACGAUGACGACCGGUUCAAUAACCUUUUCGAGACACCUGGCGGCGACAAUUUGGAAAGGUUGUUCAAGGAGAGAGAGGAUGCCGUGCUUGAGCACUGGAACAGCUGGGAUCUAACCGGCAAGAACCUGGAGGAGCAGUUUAUGGAGGGGCAGAAAGUCGCGGUGGCCCUGUUGCUGGCGCGGCAGGGAGGCAGCACUACGGAAAAGUACGACUUCUUCGUCGUGCACUUGCUCAACACCUCGCAUGCAGUGCGCGUCCUGCUGCCCCUCAUUCCCGCCAAAUGGCACGUCCCGCUGCUACGACAAUGGGCACUGUUCGUGAUUUCGGCGUAUGUCGCGCAGCUGCGGCCUGCGCUCGACUUCAAGCGCAUCGAGGAUUUCGACCUCCAGGGCAAGGAUUGGAAAGACGUGCAACAUCUCGCGCUCAAGGGGGGAUACAAUCUUGACGCGCACUACGUCAAGGCGCUGCGCAGCAUGCAGGAGGCGGAGAAGACGUGGCCGAACGUAGCAGAGGGCUAUUAUCUUAAGGCUGCGGUGAAGUUUGCGACGGAGUUUGAUGGUUGGGGUGGGUUUGGGAGUGCGAUGAGCGAGGAAGAGGUUCGGGCACAUGCGAGGGGUGGGUAAGUGCUAUCAGGAUCGGGUUUGAGACUGAGAGCGGAGAGAAGGGAAAUUGAUCUGAUCUGCUCGUUGAGGUAUUAAUCUAUAAAUGUUUGAUUUGGUUUGUAUGAAGAUGAAAAGGGUUAUGAAGGGUAUGAGUAUUAACCGCGGAAGGUAACUACGGGUUUUGUCAAUGUGGUUACGAUCGGAAC